UAUAUAAACACCCCAUUACUCUGGAACCCUCAGAGACGAUUGGUUAUCUGAGAGCCACAAGGAAAAAGUAACUUCACUUCGUAAGGACACGGGCAGGCAGACAUGUCGUCGUUCUCAACGCAUAAUUUCGUUGCUAUAGCAACGUUUGUCUGUUGGUUUUGUUGUCUCGCCACUGCUGCCCCCUUGACGAGCAAAGCCGCCUACUUGUUGAAACGUAACUCUCUCAUUGAGGAAGAUGCUUCGCGGAAACUUGGCGCUAAAAUUGUACUGACCAAUGAGGAGAAAGUGCUCGACGACUUCAUCUUGGCGGAAAAAAGAAAACUGAUUGACGACAGCCGAUUAAACCAAACGGAAUAUAUGCCAGCAGCAAGUUUCUACAGGUCUAAAGACUUUAUCGACACUACGUUCGCCUACAAGGUUAUUCAAGACAUGCCUAAAACAUUUUUUGCGACCAUUUCUCUUCUACCUCUGGAACAGUUCGCCGUGCAAAAUGAGCUGACGUUGUAACCCCUGCAGUUCUUCGAGCUAGAUGGCACCGUACAUGACGCAGAGUUCGGACUCAAUCUGUACAAGUCUGUCACGGAGGAGUUUCAACGGGAGUAUCCGGAUUUUAUCGGCGCUAAGAUCAUAUUGUCUGGCCUAAGGUUCAAGAGCCAGGAAGAGAUUUUGAAUGAGGUAAAGAUCGCAAUGGAUCUCCAUAAGAAGUACCCAGAUUUCUUCCUGGGGUACGAUCUUGUGGGACAAGAGGACCCCAACUUCUCGCUGCUUCACUACCUGGACGCUUUGCUCUACCCGUCUAUCCAGAAUCCUCCGUAUCGGCUGCCAUACUUUUUCCACGCUGCUGAAACCAACUGGCAGGAGACAGAGGUUGACUACAACUUGGCGGAUGCCCUGUUGCUCAACACCACAAGAGUUGGCCAUGGGUUCGCUCUUAUCAAACACCCGAGGUUCACAGAGCUGGCCAAAGAAAAUGGAGUCGCUGUGGAGGUCAAUCCUAUCUCUAAUCAGAUCCUGGGCCUCGUUAGAGACGUCAGGAACCACGCCCUGGUCCCCCUGAUAGCAGACGACUAUCCCAUCGUUAUCUCCUCUGAUGACCCCGGGGCCUGGGAGGCCUCACCGCUGUCUCACGACUUCUACGUGGCCUUGAUGGAUCUGUGUGGGAGAGACACAGCUCUCACCUUCCUAAAGCAACUCGCUCUCAACUCGAUACGGUACAGCGCCAUGUCUGACACAGAGAAAGUUGCCGCCAAAGCCAAAUGGACCACACAGUGGGACAAGUUUGUGAAGACGUCCGUAGAAGGUCUCAAGCCUCACAUAAAUGAUCGGAGCUAAGUAUCAGAAGAGUUAACGUCAGCACAACAAGGCUGUUAACGGAGCUGAAAUCACCACGUUCGGUAGUCAAGACUGCACAUAAUUUUAUGUGUAAAGAAACACGCUUUUGCAGAUGCCUCAAAACGACAAGGUUAUACACUGCAACUGCAACGCAAAGUGUAAAUCAGACAAGAUCAAGCGAAGAAUAGGUUGUGCUGGUUAAAUGGUUAAAGACGGCUGAAGCUAGCAAAUUUAACCCGCGUUAUGUUAAAGGCAGCGGCGUUAUGCAUUGAAUUAUGACUUCCCAGGGUUAUGUGAACCUUACACGACAACAUAAUAAAGCGAGGCUACCUCACUGUAUGGAUUUCAGCUCUUUGUUAAUUAUUGACUUAAAACAUGACACCUUAACGUUGCACAAAAGAAUUUAAACAAUUUUAGAUGAUUUCUUUAAAAAUGAUAUCUAGCCCUGUCUUUCUUAAUGUUCAACCUUGCGCAAGACUUUAAACUAUUUGCAAAGGUUUCUGUAGUUUGCGAAUGUAACCUGCGCUUAAAGGCAACCAUGUGUAACUUAGACCUCCAAUGGUUAUGCCAACCUUACAUGACAACGCAAUAAAGCAAGGCUACCUAUAUAAUACAUUUUAAUUCUCCAUGAAUUAUUCACUUAACUUCACUACAAAAUAUAGAUGUAGAUCAGAGUCACAUUGUAUGACAAACGAAGUCCAAUAUUACGUAAUAAUAAUAAUGAUAAUAAUAAUAAUAACAAUAAUAAUAAAUAAUAAUAAUAGACUCUAAUAAUAAUCAUUUACUUUUUAAAAUUUCGAGCACGAAUGUCGUAAAUAAAAAAUAAUCAACAACUUUUACUUUUCUUUUACAGCCGUGUAGCUGUUUUGAACAUGACAAAUUAUGUAUUUCAUAUUCAUUAUUAAACAGAAAUUGCACAACUGCA